CAAAUAUUGCUACCAUUAUUUAAAUGCAAGUACAUACAUAUAUGUCCAUAUUUUUCCAUAUGUACACAUAUAUAAGGUGUUGAUCGUUUUCGAUUUGUUCGUAUACAGCGCGUCACAAGAAUGAAAUAAAAUUACAACUUAUUCAUGCCACCAUUGUCUUGCCGGCGAAUCCAAUUUUAUGCUCCAGACGCGUGCGUGGGCUGGCAUCGAUUUUUCGCUCAACCAAUACUGAAAUUCGGAACGUGACUAUUGCCACUCAUUCUCUUAACAUUUUUGGAUAAGGAUUAUUGAUUUUACAAUAUGGGUGCCUACUUGUCGCAUCCGAAGACCGAUAAAGCAUCUACAGAUGAAUUUAAUGAGUUUCUUGAAGUGGGAGCCAGCUCAAUGCAAGGCUGGAGAAACAGUCAAGAGGAUGCACACAACUCCAUUUUGAAUUUUGACAAAAACACGUCGUUUUUUGCUGUGUAUGAUGGACAUGGCGGUGCUGAGGUAGCCCAAUAUUGUGCCGAAAAGUUGCCAGAGUUUCUUAGAAAUUUAGAAACGUAUAAAAAUAAUCAACUUGAAAAUGCACUCAAGGAUGCAUUUUUAGGAUUUGAUAAAACGCUGCUUGAUCCACCGAUUGUCAGCAUACUAAAAAUAUUGGCAGGUGAACAUAAUUUUGUCGAUGCCGAUGCGGAGGAUUACGAUGAUGAAGAUUUAGCUGAAUUGCAAGAGGAGAGCAACUUGCCGUUGAAUGAAGUUCUGGAAAAAUACAAAGGACUUCCUCAAUCACACGAUUCGAUCAUUCAAAAAUCCGAGAACGAAGCCAAUUUAAAAAUGCUUUCUCCUUAUUUGCGCGGUCGUCGAGCUGCAGCUGUAGCAGCCGAAGCUGCUAAUAAGGCUGUAAUGGACCCUACAGCUAAACCAGAAGGAUCUUCCACUUCGGCAGCAGCAGCUGCAGCUGCUGCCUGUAUACAAAAACUCGAAGGCGAAUCAACUGUGAGCAGUAGUAAUAAUGCUCCAUUAAAAAAUUUAACUCUUGAUAAAAAACAGGAAUCGAAUGGGUCCGUUUUAAAGGCAGAUAGUGUUACUUCUUCUGAUCCCAGAAUAGCAGAAGUGGGGAAGCAGCAAAAGGAAGAAAAGAAUGCACAAGAAUCAUUCGUAUCUGGUUCUAACGAUAUCGGCAAAGCGAAUCAAAGCGCACAAACCUUAAAAGGCGUUAUUACUGGAAUUUCGUCUACCAGCAAAGAAUCUGAAAAAAUCCUAAAAAAGACAAAUUCUCAAGAAGAUGAGUCAACAGACGACGAUGCCGAUUACGAAGAAAAUGACCAGGUUGAGAGUCCUGAUGUUUCAUCUGCAGAAAGCUCUGAUGAAGAUGUAAAAGAUAGUGCUGCCAACGAUGACGAUGACGAUGACGAUGAAGUUGAAGUUAGUGACGAGGAAGAGACGGACGAAGAUCAGAUGGCCAAUGAUAAUUUUUGCGCAAAUAUGAUUGAGGAACCUGGCAAAGAUAGUGGAUGUACUGCUGUUGUCUGUUUGUUGCAUGGUCGAGAUCUGUACGUUGCAAAUGCAGGGGACUCCCGCUGUGUCAUAUCCCGAAAUGGUAGAGCCAUUGAAAUGAGUCUCGAUCAUAAGCCUGAAGACGAAGAAGAAUCCUCGCGCAUAAUUAAGGCAGGUGGUCGAGUCACUCUUGAUGGCCGUGUUAAUGGCGGCUUAAAUUUGUCUCGCGCCCUUGGAGACCAUGCCUACAAAACCAAUCUUGAACUUCCAGCUGAGGAACAAAUGAUUUCUGCGUUGCCAGAUAUCAAAAAGUUAAUUAUCACGCCACAUGACGAGUUUAUGGUAUUGGCCUGUGAUGGUAUCUGGAACUAUAUGUCUAGUGAGGAAGUCGUUGAUUUUGUACGAAUUAGAUUAAAAGAUAAAAGCAAGAAAUUGUCCAAAAUUUGUGAAGAGCUCUUUGACAACUGCUUAGCUCCAAAUACAAUGGGUGAUGGGACUGGUUGCGACAACAUGACAGCUGUGAUUGUCAAGUUCCAGGAAAAGCUACAAAAGCUACAGACUACCAUCGAUCCAACUGAAACCGAAGAUGUGUUAGCUAACACGAUUACGGCAUAUGAGAAGGCUUUAGACGUUAAUACUGAUCAGAGUACACUGAAGCGUUGCGCUUCGCCAGAUACAGCUGCAGAAAUCACAGAUUUCGACAAAAAGAACAAGUCUAAACGAUUAAAGACUGAUGAAAAUGUAAUCGAACCAGCCGAAUGUACAAGCAGCAACCUAUCACCGGCAAAGCAGAACGAAUGCCUGAGCAUCAAGACAAGUAACGAAGUCACUAUAGUUGUUUCUUCAUCGUAAUUUGACGUAAUGCUACUUGUAUUACGCUUUCGUAUUCAAGCUUUUGAUUGUAAACUGCAUUUUAAUCUUAGAAAUAUAAACUCAAAGAGUCGAAUGCGAAAACUUAAACAAAAUUUAAAAAGCUAUAAAUGGCAGAUUUAUGCAAACAAAUUUUCGUUUGUAUACACUU